AUGAAAGACAGCUAUAAGGAGAAAUCAUCUGCUCAUUUUUCUACAAAGUCAAUUUUAGCUCUUGAAAGUGAUGGUGACAAGUCUGAUACUGUUGAUCCAGAAGAAGAGUAUCAUUGCGACCUCUACUCAAGUAAAUUCUUCAAUGAUGGAGGCGUUGAUCACUUUGCUCGUGAUUGCAAAGUAAAGAAGAAUAAUGCAAAGGAAGAAUAUUAUGAGACAAACUAUAAGAGAUUAGUGGCCUCUCUGAAGAAGCAAAAUUUAGAGUCCAAAGUUCUUGUCGCUGAAGGUGAAGAAUGGGUUGAUGAAGAGGAGUCGUCUGAUGAGGAAGUUAAAAAGGAUGUUUGUUUGAUGACUAUCACUGGUUAG